ACGAACGAGGGAAACUUCAAAUGACCCACUUGUAUUUUUCCACAAAAUAGCGAAGAAAUGUCUCAUACAACCUACCAGCAGCCUUCUUUAUUAGAUGGCUGGACAAAGGAGAACAACGAGUUGGUAAGACAAUGGGAGCAGCUGGACAGAGGAGAAGAUGCUUUGACCAGAGAUCAGAACCAGACACAUCUGAGAUGUUGCUCCUCUGAGUUUCACAAACUUUUAAGAAAUAUUCAAGGCAUCCCUCCUCUUAUAGAUCACAUGAAGUUGGAGCUGACAGUGGUGUACAACACUUGUGUGUGCUUCACAGCUCAGUCCUGCUUCUCUGAAGCUGAGGGGCUGUUUCAUCACGCAGCACAGAGAGUUCUACAGGUGACAGGAGAUGAUCAUGAUGCUUCAGACCGUCUUGUGUUGUGGAGAACCAUUUUAAAAUCAACAGAAAGAACAGAUUUGAAAUCAUGUGUGCUGCACCUUCUGUGUCUGCAGUGGGCAGUAUGGCAGGCCACCUGUGAGCUGAAAAUUAUUCAAGAAUUUAAGGAUGAGCUGUUCUCUCUGGUUGGGACACUUUCUGCUGAAAUUAGGGAUGACAGGAGAGAAGCAGGGAAAAAGUCCCCUGACACUCCUCUACUGCUGGUGGACCCGAGACGACUCUCUGAACUACUACACAUAUGUACAUUCAUCGCACAAGGUGCAGAAAGGUUAAGUGAAGGUCAGAGUUCAGAAGCACUGUCUGAUCUGCAGACAGCUUUCUCCCUGCCUGCUCCCAGAUGUCUCUUAGCAUACACACAUCUCCUGUCAGGCUCCUGUCUCGCCCACAUGGGCUGCCCUCAGAUGGCGUUGCAGUGUUACCGAAAAGCACUGGAGACAGACUCUAGGUGUGUAUGUGCUCUUUACCAGACGAUGCUCAUCUACAGACAGCUGGGCAAUACACAAGCUGAGAUACAAGCUCUGCGUUUGCUGCACUCCACUUUGAUGUUGCCCUGCUCCACAGAGCCUGCCGUGCCUGGUACUCAUCCUCUCUCUCCGUCCUUACUACUCAGCAGCCAAUCACUGAGUAGCUUGCUCUCUGUUCCCUCUGCCCUCUCUGUCCUUCAUAGUCUGGCCCUGAAAAGUGCGCUCCAUGGGAGGGCGUCAGAGGGCGUGGAAUAUUAUUUGGACCUGCUGGCUGCUCUCCACUCAGAAAACCAACAUGCAGUAAGUCAGAAAGUUCCAGUCGAGGUUCCGCCCCUUCCCAGGUUACCUGAGCUUUACCUGCAGGCCGGUGCUGUCUUGCUCAUGGCCCGACGGCCUGCUGACUGCAUGGCGCUGUGUGAUGAAGUCAUGAGCUCGACACUGGAGCUACUGCCAGAGAGGGUGGUGUUAGAAGAGCUGGAGGAAUAUGAAGUUGAGACCAGAGGAUGUGCAGAGGGUGAGGACAGGUUGGAGCUGCUGCUCUGGGCUGGAGCUGCCUAUCUGCUACAGGGUCACUGCCACACAUACCUGAAGGACUGGAAGCAGGCUGUCACUCUCUACACAAGGUGUAUAAACCUGUUUGUGAGGGUAUGCUGUAAAAAGAGUGGUUUCCAGCCACAGAUCCCCAGUGCAGAUAUGGUUAGCAGGCAGGGAAAAGAUCUGUGUGUCCUUCAGAGGUUAAAGGGGCUUUCACUAGCCGGACGGGGCAUCAGCUUCACCCAGACAGGCCAGCUAAAAGAAGCACUUAGAGACCUCCAACUCAGCCUGCAAGCACUCCCAGAAUGUCUGAGUGCAGGAUUGUGGUGCGGUGAAGUAUUCUGGAGACUGGGAAGAAAACAGGAGGCAGUAGCUUGUUGGGAAAAAACCUGGACCUUAAGCACACAAUCCUCAGAAAAGAGUCUGUCUGUGUACCUACAGGAACCUCAGACUGGCCCCUUAUUGGACUCUACAGAGCUGCGCUGCAGAAUAAAGGAACUUGGUCUUACUUUGUCUGCCUAGAGAAAGACAAAGGGAGAAUACCCUAUCACUUACUGAACAGGAUCAACGUUCUCCAGCCUGUGAACUGAAACUUAUACCCACAACAACCAUGUAUCUACUGGGACACAAAAAUAAAGCAUCUUUGAAAAUC